AUGGGGUUGCAACAUAAUACUGGCGAAUCCGUUGCCUUUGGAAAGGCCCCUGGUCUAAAACAGAGUCAAGCUGAAUGGAGGGCCAGCCGCGGAAUAGACACAACGAACCAAAUUCGACUCGUGGAGCUGAAUCAUGUACGAUACAGACAUGCGAAUAUCGGCAAAAUUGUUCAGUUUUUGGAAGAUUUUGGGUUUGAAUUAGUAGCAAGGACCGAUGACAAAAUGUAUUUCCGAGGAUAUGGCCGCCAUCAUUAUGAUUAUGUCGUCGAAAUAGGAGACCAGCCGAAGUUCCUAGGUGGCUCGUUCACCGUUGAGAGUCUGGCAGACCUCGAAAGGGCGACCCAGUUGGACAACGCAAGUCCGAUCCAGCAGCUUCAUGACGCCCCUGGUGGAGGCCAACUCGUUACCAUUCUCGAUCCGGGUGGUUUCCCCAUCAAUCUCAUAUUCGGCCAGCAGCGCAACGAAGACCUAGAGCCCAAAGCUCCUCCGCAAUUGCUACUGAACGGGGAGAAAGUGAAAUCCCGCCUUGGUGCCUGCCAGCGAUUUACUCGGGGUCCCGCUGCCGUAUAUCGAGUCGGUCACUUCGGAUGCUGCUACAAAGACUUCCAAGUAGCCUGGGAGUGGUAUCUGCGAAACUUCAACUUCGUACCCUCCGACAUCGUGUACGUCGGUACAGAGGAAAACCAUGCCGUGGUUGCUUCUUUCCUGCAUAUUGAUCGUGGUGAAGAAUUUACAGACCAUCACACGUUCUUUCUGAGUGAAUCAGACAACCAGCGAGUGCACCACUGCUCUUUUGAAGUCCACGACUUUGACACCCAAUUACUAGGCCAUCAGUGGCUGGAAAGAAAGGGCUAUAAGACUGUUUGGGGUGUAGGCAGACAUCUAUUGGGGUCACAAAUAUUUGACUAUUGGCGCGACACGAGCAAUUUCAUGAUCGAAGUGAGUAUGAGCUCUAUGAAAUCACCUUCUCCGGUGCUUACUACGAACCAGCAUUAUGCGGACGGCGACCUUGUGAAUAAGGAUACCCCUGUCAUGAAAAUCCCGGCGACAAACGACAUGAUGCAGAUUUGGGGUCCGAAUCGCCCGACUGAAUGGAUGUCAUAG